AUGUUCUGGUCCGGGACGCUUCUCAGCGCCACCGGCCCUCUGGCUAAGGCAUGGCUCUCCGCCAACCAGGAGCGCAAGGUCUCCAAGAUGCAGAUCUUGCAGCACAACCUGCAGGACAGCGUCGACGCCAUCAUUACUCCCAAUGAUGCACCCCUUGCACUACGCCUGAGUGGCCAGUUGCUCCUCGGCGUCGUCCGUAUCUAUAGUCGAAAGGCGCGCUACCUCCUCGACGACUGCAACGAAGCCUUGAUGAAGAUCAAGAUGGCUUUCCGCUCUACUGGAAACCAUGAUAUCCCCGUCAACUUGCAUGUUCAAAAUAAAGAAUCACUAAUGCUUCCCGAUCGCAUCACUCCCUACGACAAUCUCGAUUUGCUCCCGCCUCCUAAUGCAGACUUCUUCGCAUCACAGCUCGACGAGGUGUCCGCCACUCCGCUCAGCAGCCGCAAGGGCCGUCCCACCAAUCGUGAUAUCAAUCUUCAAGAGGACUUCAACAACAGCCAGUUCCUCCAAGACAACACGCAGGAUGACGAAGAGCUGGGUCUUACCAAUAUGGACGAUCUUGAUCUGGAGCUAGAUUUUGGUAUGGACAUCGACGAGCGGCCGAGCAAGAUGAUGCAUAAGAGCCUCGUCGAAAUGGGCAGAGAUGCUCCUGCUGCUAGGUCCAUUGAGGACGACAUCUUCAGUGAGAUGGACAUCGGAGGUCCAAGUAAGGAUCGCCGAACUCGCGAGCCAUCCCUGGGCUUGGAUCUUGACUUUGGGGACGGUGUCCAAAUUGUCGACAACGAGGGCGACAUCCAGAUGGGCGACGACGAUUUGCACUUUGAUAUUGGAGACCAGUCAGCGGUGCCUGGCGCCCCUGCGACCCCUGCCAUUCCCGAUUUAGGUCGUGCCCGGAUAUCCGAGUCUCCUCUGUCCGAUGUGGAUGAGGAGUUUGCGAAGGAAGUUGAAAUGGAGUACAGCCGCCACAUGAAUACCGACAUGUAUGAGCCCAACGACGACCCUACAGCCUCCACCGUCGUUGCUCCUCAGCGAGUCAAGAAGAGAAAGCUGCUCGAGCCCGACGAGCAGACAAUGCUCUCCAAUGCGCACAUCAAGGAGCAGCAGGCCAAGCGCGACAAUAUCCUCAAGCCACAGUCUUUCCUGUCACACGACCCCUAUGUUCUUGGCCUCCUGGAUUUGCAAAAGAACGGAGCCUUUGUCACAAACAUCCUCCUUGAGGGCCGCAGCGAUGGCUGGGCUCCAGAGCUUAAGGGUCUUCUAUCUUUCGGCGCCAUCCGACCUAAUGAGCUCAAGAGGAAGAGGGACAGCGGUAUCGCCGAUAUGGGAAGCGACCAGGAGCAAGGCGCAUCCAAGUCUCCUCGUCUGGAGCUUCCAGAAGACGAGACAAUCCUGGGAUUGGACGGCACCGUUGCUGGUAACCAAAGCAUCGCCCCCGAUGGCACAAUGCUCGAUAUUGCAGCAGAGGAUGACACUCUCAUCUUUCACCAGGAUGACGAGCACGAGAGGCCUGCAUCAAGAAACAGCCCGGCAACACCGGGCCCGGAAUUUGACGACACCACCAUCCCUAUAGUGCACCCCGCAGACAGCGGUCCAGUGUCGGUGGGAACCAAGCAUGCCGUCCACAUCCUCCGCGAUCUCUUUGGUGCUGAGGCAGCGACAAACGCCGACAAGCGCAAGAAGACGGCCGUCGUGUUCCAGGACCUGCUGCCAGAGAAUAGAACGACAAAGGCUGAUGCCACAAAGAUGUUCUUCGAGUGCCUUGUACUCGCGACCAAGGAUGCCAUCAAGGUCGAGCAGCCCGAGGGUUCCCUAGGCGGGCCCAUCCGCGUCCGUGGCAAGCGCGGCCUGUGGGGCGACUGGGCCGAGCGGGAAGCCGGCGGCGAGAUCGCCAACGAGCAGCAACCAGUCGACGAACCUGAGCAUGCCGUAGCUACCUCUGCCACAGUAGCAGUCGAGGCGUAG